AUGCCCCAAGGUCUCCACACCCAAAGCCAGUCCUCGAUGAGUCGCUCUCAGCAUUCUGAAUAUGCCGCGGAUCCCAACCCUAUCGCCAAUCGAAGCUCCCCCGGUUAUCCUCCCGCUGACAACCUUGAGGCUGGCACUCGCCAAACAGGACCUUCCCGGCGCGCCCUGUAUGCGACCCGGCAUUCCGCAGUCGAUCCGUCUGGUGCUGAUCAAACUGUGGCGCGGCGCCCUGUAGUCGAUCCGGCUAUCCCUCCCUGUCCAAGAAAUCCUCCAGAGCCUCCGGCUUUCCUUCAAACAGCGCAUGUUCCUCAUCGUGACUUGACGGGCGCAGCUGUGCUGAUGUUCUCCGGGGCAGGACAAGGCCACUCUUCAGAGGUCUCGUCUUACCAGGAAAUGGGAUCACCCCUAGAUUUUAGUGAGAACUUUGAGCCCUCGUUAAGAAGACCUGUACCUCGGCCAGUCAUAUCAACAUCCUCCGAUUUUGUCGACUUACGGAUGGAGCUCACGAUACUGCGCGCUCGGAACAGAAGUACCGUCCCCUUACGGCGGAUCCCCCAGCUGACUUAUGAUCCGUAUGCACGUCUACGCAAAGCUGCCAUCGAAAUGCACUCUGACCCACGAGGCAUCACGCGCAAGGAUAAUCAAUCUGUUUCCUACGACCUCACCAUGAACGCCCCAGGUACAGGCAUACGUCUGUCGCUUUUCGAUCCCUCUCGUAUCAAUGAUACGGCUAAACACAUAGUGGACCGGUUUGUGCCUCUCGGUAUUAAAGGGUCUAAGGGUCUAAGCGACAAUAUCGUACUCGAGAUUUCGUGGCCUGGUAUAUCUUCAUACUCCUCAAAGGUUUCUAUAAGACGCAUCACAGACGGACAACCUGCUAAUAUGCUCGACCUUGCAACAGAGGUCGUGGCAGCUUUCGAGUGCCUAAUACAGCGCGCCGAAUCUCAAGUCCUUGAUUCAGACGAUGUACGGCCAAAGCUUGGAUCUGGCGGGGUCACUCUCAACGACAUAUGGCUAGUGAAGCUUUAUCAGAUGUCGGGCCAGCAUUGGUACGUCCAUUUCGAAGUUCCGGAAACAUUUCUUUAG